AUGUCAGAUUCAACCGCCAUCAUCCUUAAACAAACCAAAGGAGGCUGGAACGCUGCCAUUUUCAUCAUCGUCGUGGAGAUGACAGAGAGAUUUGCGUUCUACGGUCUUGCAAGCAACCUAAUAACGUUUCUAACAAACGAGCUUGGCCAGUCCACGGCCACCGCGGCCAAGCAGAUCAACACAUGGAUCGGUGUUUCUUGCAUGUUCCCCAUCCUCGGGGGUUUUCUAGCCGACUCAAUCCUAGGCCGCUUCAAAACCGUUCUCUUGUCUUCUUUCAUCUAUCUUUUGGGAAUUGUAAUGUUGCCAUUGUCAGUGACAGUUGUGGCUCGGCGGAUGAGAGAAAAAGUGUUCUUUAUGGCAUUGUAUGUGAUGGCGGUUGGGGAGGGAGGACACAAGCCAUGCGUUAUGACCUUUGCUGCUGACCAGUUCGGAGAGGCUAACGCAGAGGAGAAGGCAGCAAAAACAUCAUUCUUCAAUUAUUGGUACUUGGCCAUCGUCCUUAGUUCUUCCAUAGCUGUUCUUGCCCUCAUCUUCAUUCAGGAACGAGUGAGUUGGUCAAUAGGGUUCAGCAUAAUAGCAGGAAGUGUAGGAAUAGGUAUAACGAUAUUUCUUAUCGGAAUUCCAAAAUACCGUAAGCAAGUUCCGGUGGGAAGCCCUCUCACGAGGAUAGCUCAGGUCAUCGUCGCCGCUCUUAAAAAAUGGAGAUUGAGCUCAACACGCCACCCCUAUGGCCUCUGCCACGAUGAGGAGGAUCACAAGUCGGAGUCAACAAAUGCCACUAAAAUAGUAUAUCUUCUUGCAAGAACCAGUCAAUUCAGAUUUCUUGAUAAAGCUACAAUUAUUGAUGAGAUUGAUCACGCAACUUCAAACAAAGUUAGAGAUCCAUGGAGGUUAUGUCCCGUGAACCAAGUGGAAGAAGUAAAGCUAGUAUUGAGGCUGAUACCAAUUUGGAUAAGCUUGAUAAUGUUCUGUGCCACACUCACUCAGCUCAACACCUUCUUCUUGAAGCAAGGAAGCAUGAUGAACAGAACCAUUGGAGAUCACUUCACUAUUCCUCCUGCUGCUUUCCAAAGCAUUGUUGGUGUCACCAUCCUCAUCCUCAUUCCUCUUUACGACCGAGUCUUUGUCCCUAUGCUCCGUAAGAUCACCAAUCACCAUUCUGGAAUCACAUCUCUCCAGAGAAUCGGCGUUGGCUUAUUUGUCGCUACUUUUAACAUGAUGAUAUGUGGGCUUGUGGAGGCUAAGAGACUUAAAGUUGCAAGAGAUCAUGGAUUAAUUGACUCUCCAAAAGAAGUUGUUCCAAUGAGUAGCUUGUGGUUACUUCCCCAAUACAUGCUAGUUGGUAUUGGAGACGUAUUCACUAUUGUUGGUAUGCAAGAGCUUUUCUAUGAUCAAAUGCCUGAAACUAUGAGAAGUAUCGGUGCAGCGAUAUUUAUUAGCGUUGUUGGAGUUGGGAGUUUUGUUAGUACCGGGAUGAUAUCAACCGUCCAAACAAUCAGCAAAAGACACGGUGAACAAUGGCUCGUCAACAACCUUAACAGAGCACAUCUUGAUUACUUUUAUUGGGUGAUCGCAUUGUUAAAUGCUUUGAGCCUCUGCUUUUAUCUGUUUAUAGCUAACCGUUUUGUCUACAAGAAACUGCAAAAGCAAGACAAAGGUGAUGAUGAUGAAGGCCAAGAAGUUUGAUCAAAG